AUGCCACCACGAGCGUCAUCAAACCGAGGCGGUACCCAUAGGGGAGGAGCAAACGUUCCUCCCCGAGGGGCCCGAGGCGGUGGUGCCGGUCGUGGAGGCCAGUCCUCAAUCAGUCUACCUGGUGCGGCAGCACCGUCUAUUUCGUCCCAUGUCAAGACCGUUGGUGUCAAAAGACCCAAUUAUGGCUCUGCUGGACGGGCCAUGGAAGUUUAUGUCAAUUCCUUUGCUGUCAAAGAUGUGCCAACUGGCCAUGUUUUUCACUAUGAUGUUGUGGAGCCAGACAAACUGCCUGCUAGGUUUAAUAUGAAGCUUUUCAAAGUUUUGCAAGAACAGGAAAAGAAUGUGUUUGAGCCAAAGAUCUCAUAUGAUGGUCAAAAAAAUGCGUUUGCACCCAGAGAACUCCCUUUGGGUCCAAAUGACAGUCGAAAGUUCCCGGUUAGCCUUCCCCAAGCAAAUGGAGGGAGCAAGCCGACAAGACCACCAAAAGUCUAUCAUAUCACGCUCACGAAAGUCGCGAAGAUAAACCUAGCUGUCCUCGAGAACUACCUCAAUGGCCAGCAGUCCCAUGAUGAGACCGUGCUGACCGCUAUCAUGGCCCUUAAUGUUGUCAUUCGCAUGGAACCAAACCAGAAUAACACGUUCAAUAAGCGUUCCUUUUUCAUUCCUGAAGGUAGGCGCCCUAUCGGUAAAGGCAUGGAAUUAUGGCGUGGUAUUUUUCAAUCUAUCCGCCCAACCUUUCAAAAACUCGUCGUCAACAUCGACCUUGCCACCGCUGUGAUGUACCGUGAAGGCCCAUUAAUCAAUCUCUGUAUGGAAUAUUUCUCAGCGGAUGUCCCAAAUAUCGGCCCAAAGUCAUUCACAGCCAAUGUACUCUCGGAGUAUAGGAGGGUUCAACUCGCAAGGUUUAUUUCUGGUUUAAGUGUUACCGUCGCUACUACCGGAUCCAAGAUGAGGGUCAUUCGCGGGCUUAGCGCAGAGGGAGCGAGCACCUACAGGUUUGAAGCCCGCGAAGGCCACAGCCUCACCGUCGCCCAGUACUAUAAAAGCAUUGGGAUGGUUCUGCAAUAUCCAGAUGUCCUUUGCGUUCAGUUGGGAUCCUCUGCCAUGGUACCCCUCGAAUUGUGCUUUGUACCAAGGGGUCAAGUUAUGCGCAAGCAAGUACCAGCCGACAAAGUCAACGAUGUACUAGAGUUCUCGACGAUGAGGCCACAGGAACGUCUGGAGCAGAUCAAAAAGGGUAUUAGGGACCUUCAAUACGGGCAGUCUGAUUACGUGCGUGAUUUUGGGAUGGAAAUAAACCCCAAUCCUAUGAAAGUUCAGAUGCGCGUUAUCGACCCCCCAAAACUCAGAUAUGGUCCAGGCAGUCAACCAAUCGUCAACCCUCGCAAUGGCUCCUGGAAUAUGCUUGACAAGAAAUUUUAUAAGCCAGCUACCAUCGCGCGGUGGAUUGUCGUUGUAUAUGAGAGUCGAAACCGGUUCAGAGAUGAUGUCCAGAGAUUUAUCAUCAAAUCUUUUCUUGACGCAUGCAAAGGCGUGGGUGUAGUUGUUGAGAAUGAGACUCCAUUGGUAAAAUUUGAGCACCCACAUGGGAAAAUUCAGGAUCAACUCCUCCUCGCCGGCAAGGAGUGCAUGGCGAAGUUGAAUGGACUGCCCACGCUAAUGGUAAUCAUUCUCCCUGAGGGAGCGGGCGACAUUUAUACCGCCGUGAAGCACUUUGGAGACGUUACAGUUGGAGUAGCGACUCAAUGUCUCAAAUUUUCGAAGUGUGCUAGGGCGAAAUCGCAAUACUGGGCAAAUGUUUUAUUGAAGGUAAACGUAAAACUUGGAGGCAUAAAUGUUAUACCCGAUCCUGGACACCCUUCGGUAGCCGCAAUUACAGACCCGCACAAUCCUACUAUCGUUAUGGGCGCAGAUGUCAUACAUCCUUCUCCUGGCUCCAAUGAUCGCCCGUCGUUUACUGCCCUUGUUGGGAGCGUCGACUCUAACGCUGCCAAAUACGUUCCGACGACUCGUGUGCAAACUGGACGUCAAGAGAUUAUUGAGGAUCUAGAGGACAUGACCAAAGAAAUUCUUCAGCUCUUCAUUAGCUACCAACGAGGUGUUGAGAAGAAGUCAGGAAAUCUUAAGAGGCUCAUCUUCUAUCGAGAUGGUGUUUCCGAAGGACAAUUUAAGCAUGUGUUAGAAAAUGAACUUCCUAUGAUUCAACGAGCGUGUGCAGAACUAAAGCUGAACCCGAAAAUUACACUCAUUGUUGUUGGAAAGCGCCAUCAUAACCAACUUUUCCCAACAGGACCUACAGAGGAUAGGAGCGGAAAUUGUCCAGCCGGCUCCGUGAUCGAUCGCGAAAUCACACACCCAACAGAUUUUGAUUUUAUUUUACAAAGCCAUGCCGGAAUCCUUGGGACUAGUCGCCCUGGCCACUAUUCCGUCUUGCAUGACGAAUAUGGAUUCAAUGCCGACUCCCUACAUGCCCUUUCAUUUGCGUUAUGUCAUGUAUACGCACGUUCUACGCGCUCUGUUUCCAUCCCUGCUCCGGUUUAUUAUGCCGAUAUCGUCUGUUCACGUGCAAAGAACCAUUACGAUCCACAAGGCUCGCUGCGGUUGUCCGAGACAGGAUCUCAGGUCUCCGGCACAAGUGGAGGUUAUUUGGAGUCAUUCAAAGCUGGAUUCAAACCUCUUCACAGCAACCAGAAGCGGUUAAUGUACUUUUGUGUAAGUUUAAACUUGGUCCUAGAUUUAAAGUAA